ACUAGCCAUUCUCCAGCUUUCUUGCAGGAAUACCAUUUCUUUUUUCCAGAGACCUCUUUCCUAAAACCUGGUUCAUGUAGUAGUUUGAGGUCACACAGCUCAGUAGUUUAUUUCUCCUGAGCUUUUCAGCGGAAGUUGGAGAUAAUGGACAUGUUUAACAUGUUCUCAUCUCAUUUUAUACAGGUUAAUUUGACAGACUCAUGCAUAAAGGAAUUCCUGAAUUUAAGUCAGGACAUCCCUACUUCAGAAUUACCACAAGAGAAAGUGAAAUAUUAUUUGAACAUGACAAAUUCCCUUAUGACUCGUGUGGAAAAUAAUUCCAUUUAUGGAAAUGCCUUAUUGAAUAUAAAUGAGAAACUGGUAUCUUCACUGGUGACAAAAUCAAACACGAACAACAGCAUGAGUAUCUUUCUUCAGAAUUUAGAGGUUCAAUUUGUCAUGGUGUAUGAACCAAAUCCAUCCUUCAGCUAUUCAUCUUCCCAAUUAAGAACAAACAGCGCUUCCAUGGAUAUCGAUCUCAUUGGGAUUUCAAAAAAUAACAAAGGAUCAGCUGCUGUGGCUUUCAUUAGCUACACUGAAAUGGCAAAAAUCCUGAAACCUAGGAAGACAAUGUCUACAAGGGAGAUCAUGUCUACUGUGGUGUUAGGAACAUUUCCUAAAACUACCCACACAUGGUUCACCCGACCAGUCAAUAUCACUUUUAAACACACCAGUGAGUUAGACACUAAUGAUCCACUCUUCUGUUUGUACUGGGAGGAAAAUAAUUGGGUCGAAGAUGGCUGUGUUGUAACACUGACUAACAGAACUCACACUGUGUGUUCCUGUGAUCAUAUUUCAGUGCUUGCACUUAUCAAGGAGACUAUUCCAUGUAAGGCAAUAUUUGGAACCACUAUAUCCCUGCACUGUAACCCUGUGUUGAACAUGUCCAUGGCUCAGGGAGUGGGAAUCGUCUUUCUGACGUUGUGUCUACUGACAUUUGCAUUUUGUUGUCAGAACCUGAAUGAAACCAACAAAGCUCUGACAAACUUGUGCUUAAACCUCCUGCUAUUUCACCUUCUUGACCUGCUCAAAACUCCUCUCCAUCUCUUUCUACAGCCCCCACAAGCCUGUGCGGUCAUGAAUGGUAUCCGAUGGUUCUUCUUUGUCUCUUCAUUUGUGUGGAUGUUCAUUGAAACUGUGUUGCUCUUCCUGUUCAUAAAGAAAGCAUCACAGAUCAGACUGAACCGGCAAGAGGGGCUUAACUGGAAAUGGUUAACUAUGACUGGAUACAUCAUUCCUCUGGUUGUGGUGAUCAUGUGUGCUCUAGUUAAUUCAAAACUGAUUGUGAAUGAAGGAUGCUGGGAAACUAAAGAUAUAGAUGAUAUCUUUGACGUUCCUAUACUUUUCACUGUUUCAUCAAACAUGACUCUCUACAUCAUCAUCAUCAUUAUGAUGAUCUUCACACUGAAACAGCUGAAAAAUGAGAACCUGCAGAGGAGUAACCCUGAUAGAACAGAUAUGAUGAUGCGUGUGAUGUUUAAAAGCCUGGCCCAGUUUAUCAUCCUCGGCUGCUAUGGGAUAUUCCUGUAUAUCCCCAGUAAGGACGGGGUUUUAUUUAAUGUUUUCCUGUUCCUCAACUCCCAGCAGGGCACCUUCAUCUUCAUUGUCCACUGUCUCCUCAAUCAAGCGGUGAGGCAGAAGUACAGGAAGUUGCUGUGUGAUAUUUGCUGCUUUAAAAGCCCUGGCAACGUUACGGAUUUUGAGAACACUCGAGAGACCCUGCACUGAAUUCACAGUAACAGAAUUUUAGAAUGCACAAAUCAAUACCACAAGAAAGCAAAACCAGAAACACUUACCUUUCUUCCUUCACCAACCAAAGGAAAGAAAAUAAUGAUUAAGUAUAAAAACAAAUACAUCAAUGACAGUGUGUGGUAGUGUUAUAGUCAAAUAGCGGUAUGACAAAAUGGACACUAUUACCAGUCGACACAUUCUAACCAAUCAGAACGCAGUCUAGGGUGACUAAUACCUUCUGAUAUUAAAGGGAGUGGUUAUUUGUAUUCUAUUAUCUUUGCGUAAUGCACACUUUCCAUUUGCAGCAUGACAAAAAUGAAUAAAUAAGUAAAUAAAAAUAUAAAGUAAGCUUUCAAACGUUGCUACCCCAUAGGUCUGGGUUCCAGGCUUGAUCCUGAAAUCAGGUUACUGUCUGUGUGGGGUUUCAGAUCUUUACACCCAUGCACAUGUGAAUACUUGCACAACCUGUAAUGAUCACUUCCUGAGUAAUUUAUUAUUCAUUACCAUUUGCCAUCUUCUGAACAUUGUUGUUAAUGAUUGCUUUGUAUUCUGAACCCUUGCUGAUUAUACUGAAUUACUUAUUUGAUUACUCUCUGGCCUUGUUGUUAUUAAUAAUUGUGUGGGGGUUUUUUUAUCCAUUUUGGCCUGCUGUACCAGUUGGAUUCUGGAUUGAAACUU